AUGGAGUGGGACCAAGCACUCCACCUAACCUCGAGAGAUGACAUAAGAGAACCCAUUUCUUUCUUUCUUUCUUUCUUUCUCCUUUCUCUGUUUUUGUUGAUCAUCUUAAUUCUUGGCCACUGUCAUGGCUCAAGAACCACUAAUGUCUUCAAAAAGCCAAAGUCUCAGAAUUCAGGCCAUUUCUUGGGUUUCUUGCCAAGAAGAAUACCGAUACCUGCUUCUGGUCCAUCAAGGAAACACAAUGAUAUCGGCUUAAAGAGUUGGGGAUCACCAUGAAGAUGAUCAUAGAGAUUUUGGAAAAGGUGACCAGCUUUUUUUAUUUUUUUUUUCUUUAUUUUGGUUCCUUUUGGGAUGUUCUUCAUAAGUCAAAGAAGAGUUAGUGGGCAAUGUACAUGGGGUUGUUGAUGGCUAAUUCUUUUUUGGAGGUUUGAUGACAAUAUUGUAUUUUUGUUUUUUUAAGGAAAGGUAAUAUUGGGUCUGUAUUCAUGUUUCUCCUUUAUACUCGUGGAGAAGCAUAACACUGUUGGCUUCAUAUUAUAUUUUUUGGUGUGCAUGAAAUGUAGAGAGAAU